UGCUGCUAUACCGCUGAUGCGCAAAAACCGGUGGCAGGAGGAGAACCGCGCUAGUCUCUGCUGUAAAGCCGCUUGAAGGCGAAAAUGUAACUGAAGCUGAAUAAAAUCUGCUGUAAGAGCCGGAGAACCGCUCAGUCGCCACACUUUCUCUCUCAGCGCGUGGAAACCUCGCGUGAUCAUGGAGCAGAGCCGCUGAACUGAGUGGGAACUUUCAGCUCAGUGGGAAGCAGGAGCCUGAACUGAGCCUUUCUGUAUCAAUCUUCGGGACCUCUUGAGCCAUUAAUGGAGCGGUUCCGUUGGUUUCGGCACAGAUGGCGACAGGUGGCCUCCACAGAGUCAAAGCAAGGCUGGUCCUCUGCCAAUGACUCACCGACCUCAAAAGGUGACUUAGAUACUCAGGACCACUCAGGACACAGGCUUUCUGGAAAACGAAGAACGGUGGUGGCACGAUAUGGUCCACACCGGGCAGAAUACCAGAGCAUCUCUAAAGCCUAUCAAGGCAACAACAUUCGGACCACCAAGUACACACUUCUCAGCUUCAUACCAAUGAAUCUGUUCCAGCAGUUUCACAGAGCGGCAAACCUGUAUUUCCUGUUCUUGGUGUUGUUGAACUGGGUUCCAGUGGUGGAGGCCUUUCAGAAGGAGAUCACCAUGAUUCCCCUUAUUGUCGUGCUCACGGUCAUCGCCUUCAAAGAUGCCAUAGAGGACUACAGGCGUUACUGCUAUGACCAGAGGAUCAACAACAAUCUCACAUAUGUGUACAGUGGUAAACAGCAGUGCUACGUGGAGAGACGCUGGGCUGAUGUGUGUGUGGGUGAUGUGGUGCAUUUGUGCUGUAAUGAGAUCAUUCCUGCUGAUAUGGUGCUGCUCCACUCUUCUGACCCAAAUGGAGUGUGUCACAUUGAGACCGCUAACUUGGAUGGAGAAACCAACCUGAAACAGAGACAGGUGGUCAGAGGCCUGCCACAACAAGAAUCAGAAUUUAUUCCAGAGAACUUCAGUAGCCGCAUUGAGUGUGAAAACCCCAAUGAUGAUCUGAGACGUUUUAGAGGCUACAUGGAGCACCCUGAUAAAGUACGGGUGGGGUUACAUAAUGAAAAUCUCUUGCUGAGGAGCUGUACAGUGAGGAACACUGAGACUGUGAUUGGCAUUGUGGUCUAUGCAGGUCAUGAGACAAAAGCAAUGCAAAAUAACAGUGGCCCACGCUAUAAACGAAGUAAACUGGAGCGCAGACUCAACAUGGACAUUAUUUGGAGUGUAGUCUUACUAUUGCUCAUGUGCCUUACUGCUGCUGUGGGCCAUGGUGUGUGGCUGAGCGGCCUGAAGGAUCCGAUCUUUAUGAUCUCUGAUGGCACACACCCAGCUCUUGCUGGCUUCUACAUGUUUUGGACUAUGAUCAUUGUUCUGCAGGUUCUCAUUCCCAUUUCUCUAUACGUAUCUAUAGAAAUAGUAAAAUUAGGGCAGAUCUAUUUCAUCCAGAAUGAUCUGGAUCUGUAUGAUGCCAGGCUGGAUACUGGUAUACAGUGCAGGGCACUGAAUAUCACUGAGGACCUGGGACAAAUCCAGUACUUGUUCUCAGAUAAGACAGGAACCCUGACAGAAAAUCGCAUGCUGUUUCGUCGGUGUACUGUUGCUGGCAAGGAAUAUCCUCAUAAUGAGCAUGCACAAGCUAUGGAGCAGUAUGAAGAGCAGGUUGCUGGCCGACCUGAUCGCACACACUCGCUGCGUUCUAGCUCCAGGAAGUCUCUCAGCUGCAACCGCAGCUCUUUAUCCCUCAACACAAUUGCUGCCGCUUCUGAUACCCACUCGCCACAUAGCACACUUCGCCAUCACAUAGCUGGGGCUUUUAGCAGUGCUAUGGAGUGUGCAGUGAUUCCAGAUGUGCAGCUGCAUGAAAAGCUGCAAGCCCUUUCGUUUCCUCAGUACCCUGCGAUUAAGUAUGAUGCUGCAGAACUCUCGCACAUCCUAGACUUCUUCCUCGCUCUGGCUGUCUGCAACACUGUGGUGGUGUCCUCACCCAGUCAGCCCCGUCACGUGGUGAAGACACCAGUGGCUCACACUCCUUUACGCUCUCUGGAGGAGAUGAAGACUCUUUUCCAGAAACUGAGUCGCCCUCGCUUUUCAAUGCCCCCCACUGAGAACAAUGACAGCCCUUCAAGCCAGACCAGGAGGUUCUUCUCUCUUGGUCGUCAGAGUCAAAGUACACCUCCGCGCACACCUACACACACUCCAUCACCCAGCCCUGCCAUCACGCCUCAACAGCAGCACCACCACAAUGAGAUCCUCAACCAAGACCAUGAUGAAGAUGAUAAAGAGGAAGAUGAUGAUAAAGAGGAAGAAGAGGAGUUGCUAUAUGAGGCAGAGAGCCCAGAUGAGGCUGCACUGGUGCAGGCUGCAAAGGCAUAUGGCUGCACACUGCUGGGCAGGUCCCCAGAGCAGCUGCUGAUUGCCCUGCCAGGCACCGGGCCACUUACUGUUCCACUGCUUCACCUACUGCCCUUCCACUCUGCACGUAAGAGAAUGUCAGUCGUGGUACGUCAUCCACUCACCAAUCAGGUGGUGGUCUACACCAAAGGAGCGGACAAUGUCAUUAUGGAACUGGCUGGAACAUCAGAUCAUGGUGGCAGUUCUAGGGAGACCAUGAAGCGAACACAGCGACAUCUAAAUGACUAUGCCAAGGAAGGCUUGCGAACACUCUGUGUUGCAAAAAGAGUCCUGCAGGAGGCCGAGUACAAGGUCUGGCUAACUGAGCAUGCUUUUGCUGAAACCAGUAUUGAAAACAGGGAAGAACUACUCCUAGAAUCUGCUCAGCGAUUGGAAACAAGCCUUACGUUAUUAGGAGCGACAGGUAUAGUGGACCGAUUGCAGGAAGAUGUUCCAGAGACCAUUGAAGCUUUACAGAGAGCAGGGAUUAAAGUAUGGGUGCUCACAGGGGACAAACAGGAGACAGCCAUUAACAUUGCAUGUGCCUGUAAACUCUUACGAACAACUGACCAGUUACUUACUGCCAACUGUGACAGCAAGGAAGCAUGUGAAGCUUGCCUUUUAGAACUCCAGCAGGAGAUUAGAAUGGCUAAAGACAGGGGUUUGUCUAACUGUGAUUUGGCUAUGUCUCAAGAUGAUGCUGGCAUCUCGGGCUUUACACUAGUGAUUGAUGGUCGCACAUUAGACUUUGCCUUGCAGAAGGAGUUACAGAAGGUAUUCCUGGAUGUAACAGUCAGUUGCCGAUCAGUCAUAUGCUGUAGAUCUACCCCUCUGCAAAAGAGCCAAGUUGUUCGACUUGUUGGUGACUCACUGGGGGUCAUGACCCUUGCUAUAGGUGAUGGAGCAAAUGAUGUCAGUAUGAUUCAGGUGGCAGAUGUGGGUGUUGGCAUCUCGGGUCAGGAAGGCAUGCAGGCUGUGAUGUCCAGUGAUUUUGCCAUCUCCAGAUUUAAAUAUCUGAGGAAACUCCUGCUGGUUCAUGGGCACUGGUGCUACACACGACUAGCUAACAUGAUCUUGUACUUCUUUUAUAAGAAUGUUAUGUAUGUGAAUCUGCUGUUCUGGUUCCAGUUCUUCUGCGGGUUCUCAGGAAGCACCAUGAGUAACUCUUGGGUGCUCAUCUUCUUUAACUUGUUAUUUACAUCAGCUCCACCGCUGCUGUAUGGCGUACUGGAUAAAGAUGUGUCUGUUGAUACACUCCUGUCCCUGCCACAGCUCUACAAAGCUGGACAGAACUCUCAGGCCUACCUCCCCUCCACCUUCUGGCUGAACAUGCUGGAUGCAUUUUACCAGAGCCUGGUCUGCUUCUUUAUUCCAUACUGUACGUACGCAGGUUCCGACAUUGAUCUAUUCUCUUUUGGUUCUCCUAUCAAUGGUUCAGCUCUUCUCAUCAUCCUUCUGCACCAGGUCAUAGAGAGCCACACGUUGACAUGGCUCCAUGCAGCGGUGUUGAUCAGCAGUGGCAUCUUCUACUACGUCUUCGUUCUAAUCUUCAGUAUUACAUGUGUGACAUGUAACUCUCUCACGAACCCAUUUGGCAUUGAGACCAGACUGAUGUCUGAUCCACUGUAUUACUGUGUGUGUGGACUCACUACUGUCCUAGCACUGCUGCCCAGGAUCCUGUGUCGUACCCUCUCUAACUCCCUCUGUCCAUCUGACUUGGUGAAGGCUCAGAAACUGGACAAGUCAUCCACAGGGCAGUAUUGGCACAGUAUCCAUCACCGGAGAGAAAACAAAUCUGCCAAAGAAAAAUUAAACUCCAGGCCCAUCCCUCGGACUCUCAGUGUGAAUGCUGACAUGCCCCACUUUGCGAACUGCAGUUCAGAAACUGGUCCUGUACUCUCCUGAUCCAUGAGCUAAAGCUGCCUCAAUACUAAGAAACUGAGAAUAAAAAAAACAGACAAAUCUCCAAACUGGCUUUACUUUGACUAGUGUUUACUGUAACUGACAUUCUUUCACAUUCCCAUCUUUUUGGAUCAAAACUACACCCGUUACCCAUACCAGUUUUCCAUAUCUGUAUGUACGUACUAUGUGGUGUUCGCUGUAGACAGUAAAAAAAAAAAUUUCUUAAUAAUAAGUGAAAUGCACAAGUAUGGACAUUUAAAAAAAAAAAAAAGGGGUUACACCUUCCUGACACAAGUAAAUUUCAACUUUUAAAAUAUGAGUAUACUGUGAAAAUGUUCAUAACCUUUUGUACUUUCAAGGUUGGACUUGGUUUUGUUGGACAAGAAUGGUGCUACGUUUUAGUGCACUAUGCUAUAAUAAGUCAAUGAAUACUAAAAUAAUGGGGAAAAAAAAGGCUUUCAUCAGAGACGUUACUGUAAGAACUGUGACUCCAAAUGAGUUUCAGAAGACUGCUUAUAAAAGGAGAAAAUGAGUGGCAUAAGGUUUGAUUGUUGAAGACUUACUUCCACGCUGGCCUUAGGUGGAUAACAUUUGUCUAUCCCUAGUCUAGGGGAAACUACAUAGAAUUUAAUGUUUUGGCCGGCAAAGUGCGAAGUGACCCAAAUGAACCGGUUCCAAUCUGAUCUCGCCAACAGUGGACGAUAUGCCCAAGUAAUAGCCUGUUCUUUAGCAACACAAACAGGAACUAGCAAUUUUGUUAGGAGUAAUGUUUACAUUUACGUGUUCAGCAUUUGGUAGACACCCUGAGAAGGAUUUUAGUUUCCAUCAAAAUCAUAUCCUAGCACUUAAAGGUCAGGGUCUAAGUAAUAUUAAGUUAAAACCAUGGUAGACAGAAGUUUGUUGUUGGACAAGAUGAGGAUUUUUAGUGCUCGUUGUUGAAACAAAUGUUACAGAGGGCAGAAAAAAGACAAAAAAAAAAAGUCUGUUGAAGUUUAUCAUUCAAUACAAGCAUUAAUUUAAACCAAGGAUUAAUAAGACUCCUGUCCUGCAGAAUUUUUUUCUAUUCAACACACCUCAUCCUACUUAUGAGGGAUGGAUAAAUUAUGCAGGUUGGUAGGCCUCCAAACCACACUGCACAAGUAAUGCUGAACUUUCGACAGGCUUUAAGAGUAUUAAGUUUGGGGGCAUGAAUACAGACGGACAACUUUUUAAAAGAACUGUAUGUAAGUUUACUUGUAACUGCAAAAUAUGAACAAAAUACUAUAACAUGAAAUAGUUUAGCAGGGAUAUACCUUGUGACUUAAAUGUUGAUGUAAAUUUUAACAUUAAUCAAUGCCGGCUGCGCCCCCCCCCCC